AUGGGCACCGGACAAGGCACACGUGUCACGCCCACCGCUGCUGCUGGGACCCAGCCCGGCUCCAGUCAUCGUUUCCCAACUCCGCCCUCAUCUUCAUCUUCUAAAGGUUCUAAAGGGUCCCCAAGUGCCAGUCUUGAGCCACCUCCUCUACCUUAUGUGCGCGGCGCGCACUUUGAGAUUCAGCCACACACACCCCCGCCGCCCUUCGACAACACCAACGGAUAUGACAACCCGGAUCCGAAGGAGUGGAAUCCGAACCCGUGGCCCUUUGGUAACCACGCACCUAAAGGCAUUGUCGCCCAGUACCUCGCGCACCCGCCAAGGAAGCCAAGGGGAAAAACUCCUCCCAAGGACCAGGUCAAGCAUGACCUGGUAGUUACCCAGCAGAUCCGGUGCGGCAACGACUGCUUGGCCCAGGUGGUGCGGUGUCGCGUGGAUGGGGAGGAGCGUGUCGCCAAGAUCUUCGACCCCCUCUAUGUCGGGAUUGCCAGAUGUAACGAGUAUGGAUUUCCGCCUACAUACUAUUCCGAGCGCUUUUACUCAUGCGAGGCGGCUGCAUAUAAGAGGAUUGAGGAGAGUGGCCUGAAUGGGCAAUAUACCCCCAAAUUCUACGGGUGUUGGUUCCUCGAGUUGCCUCUACCUAUUGGCAGGGAAAAGCCGAAAUGCGACGGCUGCACUGAGGCUAGCUUGCGCGAGAGGCUUGCACACAUGGAGAGGCGAUGGGGAAAUUCUGCCGAGUACGAACCUGUCAACCGUGCAAAACUGAACGAGUACAUCGAAUACAUCCGUGAAGAAAUUCUUGAAGCUGAAUCUCAGGAUGCCUAG